AUGGCCAUGGAGCGGUCCGCCUCGAGCACCAAGGGUCUCUUCCCCAAGGGGCCCAGCUUCACCCUUGACGACUUCUCCAACAAGGACUUUAUCGUGCGCGACUUCGUCGACAGCUUGGCUGAGAGCGCUGUACCGCUGAAUCGCCGAUCCGGGAAUUCGCCAACGACAUUCGACCCUAAACCAUUGAUCCGCACCUUCGAGAAUGCCCUAUCCCAGCUCGCACAACUUGGAGAUGAACUCCAGGAGAAGGAGUCGGAGCUUUUUUCCCAGGUGCGCCGCGCCGAAGCCCAGCACGACCAGACGCUCGACACACUGGGUCAUAAGCUCGACCAAUCCAUGAGCUCGUUUGAAGCUCUCGAUCUCUCCCUCAACCAGUCCAAUGCGCAUAGUCACAGUGCCAGCAGUCGCUCAGAUGGUGGAGGAAACAUUGCUGUGCAAAUUGGUGAGAAACUGGAGGACCUCGACAGGAAACGACGUCGCGCUCAGGAUGCCAUCUUCCUGAUCCAGUGCUGGACCGAAGUCAGCGAAACUGGGCGGCUGACGUCGCUCCAAGAUGUCCAGCGCCAGGGCGGCUCUGAGAAUAAAGUGCGCUGUGCUGUCAUUGCUCGACAGCUCAUGCGCAUCAGCCAGCGACUGGAUCCGGCUUCUUGGGGCCAGACCAAUGGUCACAAGAACGGCAAAACGAACGGUGCCUUGCCUCCCACCAGAUCACACAACACCCGCGAGGUUCUCGAAAAGUUCUGCGAGACCUUAGAACAAGACCUCCUCCAGCAAUUCAACAACAGCUACCGUCGGCAGAACUUUGAGGACAUGAUGGAGUGCUCAAAGGUCCUGUACGACUUCAAUGGAGGCGCCAGUGUCAUUGCUGUUUUUGUCAACCAGCACCAGUUCUUUAUUGACCGUGAUCAGCUAUUGACAGACGAAGUUACCAUGGAUGGCGAUACUUGGGAACAGCUUGCUGACCCUGACUCCGAACCUCCGGUGGUUGAACCCAGCUUGCAGUCCCUGGUCGACGAAGUCAAGAUUGUGAUGCAGGAGGAAUCUUUCAUCAUCAAACGCGCAUUUCCGUACUACGAAACCGUCCUCAUCAAAUUUAUUCAGCGAGUUUUCCAGCAGUCAGUUCAGCAGCGACUUGAGAUGGUCUUGGACAAGACCGACACAAUCUCUUCGCUGGCUUUCCUGAGAUCGCUGCAUUCUUCAAGAAGCUAUAUCAGUACGCUAGUUGAAGACCUCAAGUCGCAUGGCUUGACGGAGCAUCCGGAGCCUUGCUCAGCACAAAUAGCCCAAACACUCGACCAGCAAAUGGAGGACCUAUUCGUCCCAUAUCUGAUGGGCAACUCGUAUAUUGAGCGAGAAAGGAAGAGCCUGGACGCAACAUACAGCUCAUUGCUCUUUAAAUUUAGUCUUUAUCACUCCCGGCGGAAGAAGGCGCCCACGGGUUUCAUGGCAUCCCUCGCCCAGCAGGGCACUCAGCUUAUCGCCUCGGCCAAGGACGCCUACAUCGAGCGUCUCGACUCUUCGGAACUGACGGCCACACAAAAGGCCAUGAUGUUACGUGUUGCCGGCUUGCAGGACAAGGACAAUAAAAACGAAAUCGAGGUUACGGAGGAGGACGGCAGACUUAGUGUCGCCAAUGCCAAGCGUAUGCUGAAGUGGCUGGCGGAGAGUGUGCAGCGAACGCUCGAGCUCGGAUCCCAGACUGAUACCCCCAAGGAUGUCAACGUCCUCCUCAACCUGUUGCUCACGAGUAUGGGCCAGGUCUACAUCGAGACUGCGCUCGAUGCGGCACAUGACCAGGUUGUAGCGCUGGAGAAUUCAAAGACAGAGCCAGACUUGUCGUACUUGCCAGGAAUCCGAUCAGCAGUCACCAUUACUAGCGUUAUGGACAGGUUCAUCACGAUUGUUCUCAUCCGUCUUGCGGAAUCUAACACGACAGUUCGGCGGAGCAUGGAGGCACAGAAGAAGGUGGCGAUUGAUAACAUUGAGAAGAAGACAAACAACGUAAUGAAGGGCAGCAUCGAUGUGGUGUCCAAUUGGGUCAUCAAGUCGCUUGGUGGCCAGAGGAAGCAGGACUUCCGACCCAAGGACGGCGAGCUGGAGUCGCUUCAGACGACGACCUGCCUCGGUAUUUGCACGUUCCUGGGCCGUGCCAAUAAGUUCGCCAGCCAGGCCGUCGACGGCCAGAACGCAGAGAAGUUCUUUAGCGAGCUCGCUCUCUCGCUGAUCAAGCUCCUCUUCGAGCACUUCAAGAAGUUCCAGGUCAACGCGACGGGCGGUCUCAUGGUCACGCAGGACAUCGCCAAGUACGUCGCCACUAUGCGCGAGUGGUCGCUGACCAAGGAGGUCGGCACCGCCGUCGAGAUGCUCACCGAGAUCGGCUCCCUCUUCAUCGUCGGACCCGAGGCGCUGCGUGAGAAAUCGAGGACCCUAGCGCCAGGGACCACCGGGAGCAGGGGCAGGUUAUCGAAGGUUGACUUUAGGGCGUUUGUGCAGAAGCGCGACGACUCAGGUACGGUGGGAAUCCAGGGCGUGUUGGCGGGUCUUUGA